AUGGAGUCGGAACUUAAGAAGAAUACCAAUUUCAAGGAGAAAAUUGACUUUGUGAAUAAGACAUCGGAGAUGGUGAAGGUGAUUCGGCAACAGAUUGUCACAGCUCAAAGUAGACAAAAGAGUUAUGCAUAUGUUCGUCAAAGGCCCUUAGAGUUUGAAGUUGGGGAUUUGGUGUUCAUCAAGGUCGCACCAAUGAAGGGCGUGAUGCGGUUUGGCAAAAGAGGCAAGCUUAGUCCAAGGUAUGUCAGACCCUACAAGGUGAUUGAGUGCAUCGGCAAUGUAGCUAACAAGCUAGAGUUGCCUCAGGAGAUGGCAUCUAUCCACAACGUGUUCCACGUGUCAAUCUUGACGAAAUAUGUACUGGAUCCUUCACAUGUCAUCAAGCCACAAGCAGUUCAGAUUCAAGAGGAUAUGAGCUAUGAAGAGAAACCAAUUGAGAUUUUAGAUCGGAAGAUGAAGAUCUUGAGAAAUAAAGAGAUCUCUCUAGUCAAAGUUCUUUAG